AUGGCUGCGACGUGGUACUAUCUAUAUUAUCAUAAUGGCGGUCAACGCGUGAUCAGAGGGAGUCCGUUCAAGCUUACACCGGCGCUUCCAGACCUGCUUCUACGCGAUGGUACCAUAUACUUCUUAGCCAUUGUUCUUCUCAAUGUGACCGAUAUUGCGCUUUUCACAUCAGGCAAUGGCCUUGCCGACGUUGCUGUCCUAAUCUUCCCGAUUACUUCGGUGUUGAUAUCCCGCCUUUUGCUGCACCUUCGUAAAGCAACCUCAUCCGGCAUUGUCUUCAGUUCGGAGACACCAUCGUUUGUACGUACACGCGACGCCUUGCCUUCGAGCGAACACCUGCCACCCAUCACGUAUGCAAUGCACCAUCUCCGAAAGGGGGCUACAGUAGACCCUGACUGGGAUACGGACACCGUUAUGUAUGCGCAGAACUCCCCAUGGGACAACGACAUUGAGAUGCGUCCGAUUGGGGCGAGAAGAAAUGGAGGGCGAGAUGUUGUAGACUGCGAUGAUUCAACGGCACCGAGUGCUGACACGAAAUCGAGAACGGGCAGUCUGUCACACCCUAGAGGACGUUCGCCUGUCCGUGUAUCUUUUCAUAUUGAAUAA